CAACGAAUCUGUGCUGAAUGCGCCGAAAGGUGUUGUCAUAGCUACCAUUUGAGUGAUACAAUAAAUCAUAUAAACUGCAAAUACAUUUAACUUUUAUACUGAUAUCUUUUCUAUAGAUAGUAAAUGACUUCCUUAAGUACAAGACAAUAUACGGUUGUAAUAACCCUGCAAUAUGUCAUACUACUUUUUGACAUUUGUGUGAAUUCGUUUGCAAGCUUUGCCAGACAGCAUCCAACAGAUUUGCUGGUACUUUAUGUGAUUCAAGAUUUUUGUCUUAUUGUGGCUCUUACACUUCUCUUAGUAAACUUCUUUUCUACUUAUAUUUUUCAGGCAGGUUUAAUACAACUGCUGUAUACAAGAUUCCGCAUGACAUUAGUAUUAUGUAUUAUAUAUAUGAUAUUAUCCAUCAGUUUACACACAUGGCAUAUUACCAUACAUUGGGCGAUGCCAUUAAAACAUUAUUGGACAAAAGGAUUUCAUGCUCUUUAUUCUAUACAAAGAACAGUUGCAGUACUGUAUUAUUAUUUUUAUAAGAGAACCUCUCUAAGAAUCGGUGAUCCAAGAUUUUACAAAGGUUCUGCUUGGGUACACAAACAAUUGAGCAUCUCAUAAACAUAUAGAAUUAAUAUAUAAAAAUAAUGGUAAUUUUUAUAAAAUAGAUGUAAGAAUACAUCUGCAUAUAUUUCAAAUUAUGUGUAUUUGUACAAAUCUAUACUAUUACAUAAACAAAGUAAGAAGAGGUGAUGUAAUAUUCAAUUCACAUACAUUAAAAUAUAAAUUCUAAAUUUCUA